GCGAGCGCAGAAUAACAACACAACACAGAGUGAACAUAAACCUUCUGGCGAUGUAUGGAUCCACCUGGUGUACACUAUGGGGGAACGGAGGUCCGCGUGAGGCCUGCCCCGCUCAAAAACAUGCUUUUGAUAAUCUUGCUUAUGAACAAGGGAGUCCCAGUGAAUUAAAACCCCGUUUGUCUGUGGUCGAGGAGAGGGUAGUGAAGAUGAAGGUUGAGGGAAUGACCUGUCAAUCAUGUGUCCGAUCUAUUGAAGAACAGAUUGGAAGUCUUGGAGGAGUUCAUGAUGUGCGGGUGUCUCUAAGUGAUAAAGACGUCUCUGUGAGGUUUAAUCCUGCGGCGGUGACACCUGAGAUUUUAAGAGAGCACAUUGAUGACAUGGGGUUUGAUGCCUCCAUUCAACUACGACCUUCAGGAACCUGUGCCUCUCAUGCCUCCGACUGGUCCGAGGUGACGUUGGGAGUUGCAGGCAUGCAUUGCGGCUCAUGUGUUCAGAACAUAACAUCAACUCUGUCAGGAAGGUUUGGGGUUAAUUCUGUAUGCGUGUCAUUGGAAAAAGGAAGCGUUGAUCUUCGAUUCGACCCGUCUCUGCUGACCCUGGAGACUGUUAAAGGAUUAUUAGAGGAAAUACCACCCGGGAACUUUAGGGUUUCCAUCCCUGGUUGGAACUCUGGAUGUAAUUCCUGGGUCAGUAUUGGAAUAGAGGGAAUGACGUGCAGCUCUUGUGUUCAGACCAUUGAGGGAAUGAUGUCUAAGAGAGCCGGGGUUGGUUCUGUUAAAGUUUACUUACAGGAAAAGAAGGGAAUUAUAACCUACGACUCCAGUGUCACCCGUUCAGAAGAACUGCGGGAAGCGAUUGAGGACAUGGGAUUUGAAGCCUGCUUAGAACAAGAUUCGUCGGUCUGUCAGACGUCCAGUGGUGAGAAGCAGCUGAAUCUACAGACCUGUGUCCAGACGGCCAAAUCUCCACACUCGACCAUCACAAAUAACCCCAGCGGCUCUGAAGAGAGACAGACACACAAAUGUUGCGUUCAGGUGACCGGCAUGACCUGUGCGUCCUGCGUGGCCACCAUUGAGAGAAACCUGCUGAAACAUAAAGGUAUUAAAUCAGUGUUGGUGGCUCUGAUGGCUGGUAAAGCCGAGGUGAAGUAUGAUCCCGCACUUCUGGAUCCGUCACGGAUCGUUCGGCUCAUCUCUGAUCUGGGUUUCGGAGCGUCUGUGAUGGAGGAGAACACAGUGCAGGAUGGGAUCUUGGAUCUGUCUGUCACCGGUAUGACAUGUGCUUCCUGUGUCAAUAACAUCCAAAGCAAACUUUUGAGGACUGAGGGGAUUCUGGAAGCCUCCGUUGCCCUGGCAACAAACAAAGCUCAUGUGAAGUUUGACCCGGAUUUGAUAGGCUCUCGAGAUAUCGUCAGAAUCAUUGAGGGAUUGGGUUUUGGAGUGUCUUUGAUAAAGAAUGAGGGAUUAGAGAAAAACAACAUGUUGGACCACCAAGAGGAGAUUCAACAAUGGAAGCACUCGUUUCUCUUCAGUCUGGUGUUUGGGAUUCCUGUGAUGGGUUUGAUGAUUUAUAUGAUGGUGAUGGACAGUCAACACAAGGAACAUGGUGGCUCUAUGCCCGCGGAUCAAAACAUCUUACCUGGUCUCUCCAUCAUGAACCUGGCCUUCUUUCUGCUCUGCACACCCGUUCAGUUUCUAGGUGGUCGCUACUUCUACAUACAAGCGUAUCGUUCGCUCAGACACGGUGCGGCCAACAUGGACGUGUUGAUUGUUUUGGCGACCACCAUUGCAUACGUGUACUCUUGUGUGGUGCUGCUCGUGGCCAUGAUCGAAAGAGCCAAACAGAGCCCGCUCACGUUUUUCGACACGCCUCCCAUGCUUUUUGUAUUCAUUGCUCUGGGACGCUGGCUGGAGCAUGUGGCGAAGAGUAAAACCUCAGAGGCUUUGGCAAAACUCAUGUCUCUCCAAGCUACAGAUGCCACUAUCGUGUCCCUGGGCCCUGACAACACUAUUCUCAGAGAGGAGCAGGUGCCUGUGGAUCUGGUACAGAGGGGUGAUGUGGUGAAAGUGGCACCAGGAGGAAAGUUUCCUGUGGAUGGGAAGGUCAUCGAGGGCACGUCUAUGGCAGACGAGUCUCUUAUCACUGGUGAGCCAAUGCCUGUGAUUAAGAGAGCGGGGAGCUACGUGAUCGCCGGCUCUAUUAAUGCUCACGGAGCUUUGCUGGUGAAGGCCACACAUGUGGGGUCAGAGACCACCCUCAGCCAGAUAGUUAAGCUAGUGGAAGAGGCUCAGACGUCAAAGGCACCGAUUCAACAGUUUGCUGAUAAACUGAGUGGCUAUUUCGUUCCCUUCAUAGUCAUCGUCUCAGUGCUCACGGUGGUGGCGUGGCUCAUCAUUGGCUUUGUGGACUUUAACAUAGUUGCACAAUAUUUUCCUGGUUACGACCCAAACAUCUCCAGAACAGACGUGAUCAUCCGCUUCGCCUUUCAAGCCUCCAUCACGGUUCUGUCUAUCGCGUGUCCGUGUUCUCUGGGUCUGGCCACACCCACCGCUGUUAUGGUCGGCACCGGAGUGGGCGCUCAGAAUGGCAUUCUUAUAAAGGGAGGAGAACCUCUGGAGAUGGCCCACAAGGUCCAGGCUGUUAUGUUUGAUAAGACGGGCACCAUCACUAAUGGAGUGCCUCAGGUGACCCGAGUGCUGGUGCUGUGGGACCGAGCGAAGCUUCCUCUCCGGAAGGUUCUGGCUGUGGUGGGCACGGCUGAGGCGAGCAGUGAGCACCCGCUGGGCACGGCUGUCGCCAAGCAUUGCAAAGAGGAGCUGGGUUCAGAAACUUUGGGGUACUGUUAUGACUUCCAGGCCGUUCCUGGCUGUGGAAUCAGCUGUAAAGUUUCCAACAUAGAGGAUCUGCUGCAGAACAACCCCAAAACACACGAGACCCACACAUCAGCAUCUCUCCUCACCCUCCACGGAGCCACCACAGAUGAGAGCAGUCUGCUGACGGAGACAGACACAGGGUCAGACUGUCCUUCAUACUCCGUGUUGAUCGGGAACAGAAAUUGGAUGAAGAGAAACGGUUUGGAGGUCACAGCCGAUGUGGAUGAUGCCAUGAGCAGCCACGAAACCAAAGGACAGACAGCCAUACUGGUGGCUAUUGAUGGGGUUCUGUGUGCUAUGUUAGCUAUAGCGGAUACAGUGAAGACAGAGUCGGCUUUGGCUGUUCGUACCCUGAGCAGUAUGGGUAUUGAAGUGUUUAUGAUCACGGGAGACAACAGACGCACGGCCCGGGCCAUCGCCACACAGGUGGGUAUCAGGACGGUGUUUGCGGAGGUCUUGCCAUCACAUAAAGUAGCGAAGGUUCAGGAAUUGCAGGAAAGAGGUCUGAAGGUGGCAAUGGUUGGCGACGGAGUGAACGACUCGCCCGCUCUCGCUCAUGCAGAUCUGGGCAUCGCCAUCGGAACAGGCACCGAUGUUGCUAUAGAAGCUGCAGAUAUCGUUCUCAUACGAAAUGAUCUGCUGGACGUCGUGGCCAGCAUUGAGCUGUCUAAAAAGACGGUGAGGAGAAUCAGGAUGAACUUUGUGUUUGCUCUCAUUUAUAACUUGCUUGGCAUUCCUAUCGCAGCAGGUGUGUUUAUGCCUGUUGGUCUGGUGCUUCAGCCCUGGAUGGGUUCUGCUGCGAUGGCAGCGUCGUCUGUCUCUGUGGUCCUGUCUUCUCUACUCCUGAGGCUCUACAAGAAGACAUCAGUAGAUGAGUAUGAGGGGAGAGCUCAGCGUCAUAAACUGAGUCUGAGUCCGUCUCAGGUCAGCACACACGUGGGAAUGGAAACCCAUCGCUGCAGCCCUCGUUCAUUUCACAGAGGAUGGGACAGAAAGAGGUGGAGACUUUCUAGUUCAGACUCCUCCUCUCUUAACUCAAACUCCUCCCACCCAUCCACAGCACAAGCGUAUAGCACCGCCCACUAUUCGCGACUGGUUUCUCAUGUGUCUGAGCGCAACUUCAUCGUGUAACUGAACAUAAAUAUAUUGCUGAAAUAAAAACAAUGACAUUUUGUUUUAAACACUGUCUAGUUUCUUAUCUGCCUUUUAUCUACUUUUAAGAAAGUUAAGUUGACAUCUUAUAUUCUGGUCCGCGAUCGCCUCUGGGGAAGUUGCUGGAAAUGAUAGAUAGUGCAAUGAUUUAUUGCACUCAUUGCCGUAGCUUUUAAAAGAGAUGAUUCACAACCAUAGUUAAAACUAGUGGUUUACUGGUAGGAUUCGUUUGGUUGGCAAACCGAGGUGAAUGAAACAUCUGCACCUGCGGUG